AUGGAGGAGAAGUCAAGCGAUGAAGAUAAAAGUGAUUCGGAGAUAUUAAAUGAAUGUCAAAGAGAGUUACAAGAAUUGGAGAACCGGAAAAACGGAAAACGUACGCGAGAGAGUGAAGACGGCAGUGAAGAUGGUUUUAUAACAGUCCAAAAGAAAAGUUCAAAACAACUUUAUUUGAGAAAUGAAAAGGAGAAUAAGAAGAAAGAGGAAACUGAAGUUAUCACAAUAAAUAGCAGCAAGAAUCCGAAUAAAAAUACAGUUAGAACAUACAGCAGCGUAGUAAAAAGUACAGUGGAAGUACAUUCAGUAAACAUUCAAGAUAAGGAAAAUAAUUUGAAUAGUGAUGCAACAAAAAAAUCUAAUCCUACAAAGAAAAAAAGAAAGAAAGUAAUUAAGGAUAAAAUACCAAACACACAGGAGGAAACAUCAAUGGAUUGUGAGGAUUCGAGCUCAGAGAACGAAGAUAGUAUAGAUAAGAUAACUGAGAAAGAUGAAGAUAAAGAGAAAAGCAGAAAGUUUAACAUCCGUGACUUGAUUUGGAAAUUAAAAGAAAUUUUUAUGUCAGAAGAUAAGUUUGAAGAUAAAAUCCUUAUGAAGCACUAUGAUUUUUUUUUAAGUCAAAUUAUCCUCGCAGCUAAUAGGCGCAUUCCUUUACUAAGAUUAAAUACUGGUCCAACAAACAAAUUUAAACCAAGAGAAUUCUGGUGUUCAUCUUUUUCUAAAUUAGUGGCAGAACGAAGACUGGCUUUGGGGAAUUUUAGAAGAAAUCCAACUCCUGAUAAUCUCGAAAUAUUGGAGAGCAAAGUUACGGCGGUAAGGGAACAGCUUUGGUUGGCGAAAGGUUGCAGUUGGAGGAAUUUUUGUGGAAGUAUUGACGAGUGUACAUCUAUCUUAGACAUGUGGAACAAGAUGCAAUGGUUUAAAGGACUUCGGCAUACCCAGCUCUCGGUUCCAGAUGAUAAACAAAAAGAAUUACUUCGAUCUCUAACGCCAGACUCUGUGUCUAAUUGCGCCCCUACUUUAAUUUCAAAUAAUGAUCUUCUCGAGACUCCUUUUACCUUACAAGAAUUAGAAAGUUGUUUAAAGAACCGAGACACUGUUCCAGAGUUGCAAUCGGUACACAUUGAAAACUUGUUGGAAAAAUCAGACUUAGAAGAUAUUUGCUAUUCGAAGAAGAUU